CUCCAGCCCUUAGAAAACAACCCACUUCACUCUCUUACAGGGACCAUUUCUGCUCAGAGACAUUAUGAAGUGGAUCCGCUGCGAAUUUUCGUCAUAAUACGCCACUCGGUGACGUUCGCUAAAGGUUUCUUACGCUCAGCUGCUUUGGCCAAAUGAAGUCUGGAUGAUGCACACAAACUCCCACCUGCAUUUCAGCCAUGUCCCUCUGUCCUGUGCUGUCCUGUGGUCGAUUCUCCUGAUUUUAGCGAAUGGAGAAACGAAUAUACAGUGCGGGACGAGCGCUGUGGUGGUUCGGGCCAGCUAUUCGCGGAUCGUGGGGGGCAAAGACGCCAUCACGGGUGCCUGGCCCUGGCAGGUCAGUCUCCAGCUGGGGAGGAGCCAUCAGCAUGUGUGCGGAGCCUCGAUCAUCAGCGACUGGUGGCUGAUCUCAGCCGCUCACUGCUUCGGCACCUACAAAAGGAAGACGGCCUGGCGGGCAUCUCUGGGGCUGCGAGACCAGUGGAAGCCAGACAGCUGGACAGUGGUGAGAGACAUCGACGCCCUCAUCAUCCACGAGAACUACUCCAACAUCAACAACGACGUAGCCUUGCUCCGCGUGGACAAGGCCAUCGAGUUCGGGGAGAACAUCCGGCCGGUGUGUUUACCCUCCCAGGGCGAGGCUGUGGAGAACACCUGGAAAGGCUGUCACGUCACCGGCUGGGGACGGAUGGAGAAAGGAACCAGCGCCCAUAUCCUGCAGGAGGCGGCUGUUAACAUCAUUCCCACGGCGACAUGCCAGCAGCCCGAUUGGUACGGGAGGCUGGUCAACGAGAACAUGGUGUGCGCUGGGUUUGCAGGAGGAGGGAUCGAUGCUUGUCAGGGUGAUAGCGGGGGACCCCUGUCGUGCCGACACAAACACACGGAGCGCUUUUACCUGGUGGGGUUGGUGAGCUGGGGGCAGGGCUGUGCCGAGCGCUUCCGGCCCGGAGUGUACACUCGCACCAGCAACUACAUCAACUGGAUCAACAAGAAGACAAGUCGUUUCUCUGCUUCAGACCCGGAGCAAGAACCAGAGCGAGAGUCGGAGAGGGAACCGGAACACCCCCACGUCAUGCACCAGGACACCAGCGGCGGCACCUGGGCCAACGCACACCAGACCAACAAAGCCUCCGCAACUGUCUACCCCCAGGGGACACCCACCGCCACCCAACCUUCGUCCACCCGCACUGCACAGCCCCCCACCCUCCUCACCGCCACCAUCUUCGCCUCGCUUCUCCUCUGUCACCUCUAGGUGCUUUUAAGCUAAGAAAAGAAAUGUUUAUAAGAAAUACCUCCUUUCCCUUCCACCCCCACCCUCACGCC